UAAAUUAAACUUUUUAUGGAAUCAUAAGACAACAUUUACUUUGUUAUUAAAAAACCUUGCUAAUGGCAUCCAUUAAGCUAGGCCUAAAAUUCAGCGAUCACCUCUAUAAUUUAUAACUGUAAUUCAUAUGCACAGCGACAGUUGGGCAACUUGAAACAUUUUACUCGAAAAUAUUUUUCUUACCUAUGGAUAACUUGUAUAUAAAGUAACUUAAAAACACACAUCAAUCAUUCGAAUGUUAAAGUGCACGUUACAUGUUAAUUAAUCUUACAUUGUUCUUAACUUUAAACUUACAGUACAUCAGUUUCAUAGGUUUUACUUGAAAAAUACAUAUUUAUCAUUCUGUUAAUAUUUUCACACCAAGUAAAAUAGUAAUCGAUAUUUAUGAAAGAUAUUUCAAAAUUAACUGUUGGUUAAUUUUCAAAAAAAUUAACGUUUAACAAACUUUUUGCGGCCCAUUCUUCGAUGUAUUAUAACAAUUGAUUGAUGGACAUUUUCCGAGUAAUUGAUUACCGAAAAUUAUAACUAAUAUUAUAAAGGGUCAGUCUAUAAUAUUGAAAACAAGCAUACAUACCAACAUGCAAACUAGUAAUACAAGUUAUGAGAUGUAAAUACGGUAAUAACUGACAAUAUGGAAUAAGUGUAACAAAUUUUAAGGUAGCGCUACGUAAGAAGAAAUGAUACAUCAACUUGACUUGUUACAUUCGUAAACAAGAUCUGUUCCAAGAGUCAUUCACUCAAAAACAUCAAAUAUUGAAGAAUACGAACAUUUAAGCGUAUACACAUUUAUAAUAGAAGAGAUUAAUAUAUUUUACUCUUCUGCAAAGGUUUACCCUAACACAUUUGUGCUCUAUCAUCGUUAAGGAUCAUCAACUGCUAAAUAAUUCGACUCGACUUUUGUUUUGACAUGAACUUCAUGUCAUGAAGUAAGAAACCUUAACAAUGGAACGAUGAAAAAUCUAUUAGAGAAUAGCUACAUAACAUUAAAAGAAAUAAUUAAUUCCGAAAUGUUGUACAAUUAUUUUGUUAUAAUGGAGCCUGCUUUUGAUGAUUGUACGGGAAUAUCGAAUAUUACCGUAGGAGAAUUGAUACAAAGUGCGGUCAAAUUUGGCGAUUUAGAUUCAGUACGAAUAGCGUAUACAGCUUUUUAUAAUGUAUCUCUAUUUAGAUACCAUAAACAAAUGUAUGUAUUAACGACUUAUAGUUAUAAAAUAUUAGAAGUGAUAAAGGCUCAGCCAAUGAUUGAAAUAAUACAAAAUGACGUUUUCAACUCUCAAAAUGUCGAAAACAUGUUAUUAAAAAACAUUAGGAGUAUUCAACAUUUGAUCGAUGAGAGCUUCAAAUCAAGGUUCAAUAAUUUACCAUCAACUGUUGAAUUCAUUAGUAAAAAAUUAAUGCUUGAAAUAUUAGGAAAUCAUAAUUUAGAUACUCACACAGAACUUUUAAAACAAUUAUCAGAAUUAUGCCAAAGGGAAGUUGAAAAAUACUGUUUGAGAAAUCGUGAAAAUAAUAAAAAAUCUAUUGACGAAUCUAUUGAUACAUUUAUUGACUAUAGUAAAGUAUACGAAAUAACAGGACAAUCAGAUUUGUCAAACAUUUUCAUAAAUAACAAAUUGUCAUUUGAUUGUAUAGUACAAGAACUAUUGAGUCAAUUUGAGACAAUAUCUAAAGAAUACGCUGUAAAAAGGCUACCCGACGUUCACUGUUAUUAAGACAAGCACAAACGUAUGUCUUCAAAUAGUUAAUCUUUAUCAUUAAAUCUUUCUAUUAUUACUAUCGAUACAAAAUAUAAUUUAAUUGAGUUUAUAAAUAUUUUUAUGAGAAGUGUAAAUAAAAAACUACAAAUGGUAGUUUUUUUAUGAUUACUUUCUUACUAUUAUUGUUAAUCAAUGUAAAGAAACAUUUAUUAUUUUAUGAGAAAUGAAAAUUAAAUCAUGUUUUUAUUUAUUAA